AUGAAGUUCUCGCAUUUGACCCGGGGCGUCUUCCGCGCAAUCCUUGCCAACAAACCAUAUGCUAUUCGAGACUGUCAAAGGGUCAUCGGCAGAAGACCACUUCCUCAGUAUACCCGCACCUCUUACCACUUGCACCAAAGACGCCAUCUCUUUGGGCUGAAUUUUGGUGGUGCUCGACAAGGCUUCCAGGAUGCCAAAAGCACUCCCGCCAAUGUCGAACUUGCGCUGAGCAAGCUGGUUGAUCUCAUCAGGGCCAGAAGAAGCCAGUCUCGUUUGCCCCCGGAAAAUGAGGUCGUUGAUGCUCUCAGAUUCCUCUUUGCUUCAAGAAUUGAGACGCCACGACGGUUGACGAGAAAUGAAGUAUUUCUGGCCACAGAGGCCUUCAAGCAUCUACAAGAGCGCGGACACAUUUUGACGGAAGACACCAAGACGAGUCUGUCAGAAGAAGAUCUUGACAACAUUCUGCUGGCACUAGCAUCUUCUACAGGUCAUGAUAGAUUUCGGACCGAUGCCCGAAUUCUAGCGACGCUGGUCUUCGAUGCACUCAAAGAUCGGCUGGGGCCUGCAGAGGCAAUGAAGGUGCCUGUCCAACCGGGCCGACAUUAUCGGCCCCAGGGUUCACUCUUGCUGACCUACAUUACCGUGCUUUCCAAGACAGGGUCCGCCCAAGAAGCUCUCGAGCUCCUUCGCAAAUCUCCAGAUAACUCCAAGAUAGCCAGCUUUCCCAUGUGGAUGGCUAUAUUGAGAGGUCUGGCGAAUGAAGGACGAAUGUCAGAGUUUUGGAAGCUCAUUCAAGAGGUGCAGCAAACUGUUGGGCCUCUGGAUGCUCUGUCUCAGGAAAUAUUAAUCACUUAUUUUGCCCAGCAUGACGAGAUCUCUACCUUGAAAAAAGUCUUUUCCCUGCCUUUGGCGGAAGGCCAGGUGCCGACCACGCCGACAUUGGUCAAGGUUGUGGACUGUGCGAUGCAGAAUGGGGAACUUGAAUGGGGCGCAAAGGCGGUGCAUCAGCUGCAACAGAGGACCGAUUCAGGCGAUAUGGCAGGAACUCUUCUUCUCUGGCAUGCUACGCAUGAUCCGGAUGUGAAUCACAUACGGCAGAUGAUUCAACAGCUAUCCGACAGAGGCGUCACGGACGCAGUAUCUAUGAAAAGCCUGAACCGAGUUAUCGAGUACGCCUUUUCGCAAAACAGCCCCGAGACAGCCACACGGUAUCUGGACCUAGCCGAAUCUCUUGGCCUUCAUCCAGACGCCAGAACUAGAGCCUUGCAGUUGAAGUACGAAUUGCAGCGUGGAGAUCGUGCUGCUGCAGCCCAGGCAUACGAGCUUCUUUCCAGAGAAGAUAUACCGGUCGACAGGUCCGACGUUCCCAUUCUCAACCACUACAUCGCUGCUUUGUCCUUUUCUGCAGAUCCGGAAUACAUUCACCUCAUGCAAAUCGUCGACCAUCUACUCGAAAGUGGGGCAGAGCUCGAGGCUGAAGCCAUCGCGGGUCUGUGCCAUGUCUUCCUUCAGAAAGACGAAUUGGAAGAAGCAACUGGUUUGCUCCGCCACAGAGUCGAUUCCUAUCCCAUAGAUGACCGAGCUCGAAUAGCAGCUGUCUUCCGUCAGUUCAUCAUCGACCCGACCGUCAAGGAUCAACGCGCCUACAACGCCUACGAACUGUUCCGCCAUGCGUUCCCGGAAGCUCCGGUACGAGACCGCAUUACGUUGAUGCAGUCAUUUUUUGAUCGGAAUCGGCCUGACCUGGCCUGCCUCGUUUUUGGACAUAUGCGGCAGCGUGAAGACCUUGAAGCUCGGCCCACUGCCGAGGCAUACGCGAAAUGCUUUCAGGGUAUCGCCAAGUGUAAGGACAUCGACGGACUUCAGAUGGUUUACAACAUGCUCAAACUAGACCUAGAAGUCGACCAGACUACGCGCAUCCACAAUGGGCUUAUGGCAGCAUAUACCGAGUGUCAACAACCGUUCGUCGCGAUCAUCGACCAUUUUUGGAAGAUCAUGGAGUCGCAUGAGGGGCCUACCAUGAGCUCUUUUGUCCUGGCUCUGCGUGCGUGUGAGAGGUGGAUACCACAGGGCGGACACGAGGCAAGACGUAUUAUGGCGUUGAUGCAGAGUUUCAACCUCGUCAUCACAAAAGAAGUCUAUGAUGCUUACAUCGGCGCUCUUGCCGGACAGUCCGAAUUCGAAAAUGUCGUGGAAUUGAUCGAGCUUAUGGAACGUGACAUCGGCGAGCCGCCCGAUGCGGUCACCAUUGGCACCUUUUACAACGCCAUACCCUGGCAGUAUCGUAAGGAUGAGGUGGAGAAGUGGGCCAAGAAGGCCUAUCCGGACCUCUGGGCCGAGUUGGAAAGUUAUGGCGACGUUAUCGACGAGGAGUGGGAGAUUCGGUACUUUAAAAUCGAUCGCUCGGUGGAUAUGGACGACGAACUAUUGUUUCAGAAGGGCGAGUACCAUCCUGUCAUUGCACAAGAAAGCCAAGCGAAGUUGGAAACUCCUGUGAAUUGA